CAUGACAAUGAUUUUCUUUUCCAGCAGAGGGACUGAAAUCUGAGUCGAGCACCAAGUUUCCUGGAGUAAUAGACAGAAGUCCCUGCAGGUGAGAGGACCCAGAGCCCGGACAGAAGCCUCUGCUGACUAUAUACUGCACCAGGGACCCCCAUCAGGAAGGAGAGCCGGACCCCCAGGAGAGAUGCCGCGGCAAUUCCCUCGUCUGAGUAUUUCGGAGGUCGAUGAACAAGUCCGACUUCUAGCUGAGAGAGUUUUUGCCAAAGUUCUUCGAGAAGAAGACAGUAAGGAUGGCUUUUCCCUGUUCACCGUCCCGGAGGAUUGUCCCAUCGGACAGAAAGAGGCGAAAGAAAGGGAACUGGAGAAGGAAAUUGCAGAGCAGAGAUCUGCGGAAACUGUUAAGAGAAAGAAAAGCUUCAAGAUCAUUCGAUCCCAGUCUUUGUCUCUUCAAAUGCCUCCUCAUGAUUGGAAGACUCCACCCACCAUAACACCAAUUCCAUCUCCCGUAUCCCCAGUGGAGACACCACUUCCGAUUCUACGGGGUUCCACGCUGCCUGCCCUAGUGCCGUAUGAUGUCCCUGAAUUCCAGAGAGUCACCAUAAGUGGAGAUUACUGUGCUGGGAUCACGGUCGACGACUAUGAACAGGCUGCACUACGACUCGCCAAGGCUCUCCUGAUAAGGGAGAAAUACUCCCGGCUGGCAUAUCACCGCUUCCCCAGAAUUACCGCUCAGUACCUGUGCACCAGUGAAGAAAGCUGGAGGAUGGAAGACGAGGUGGCUCCAGUCUUUAAUCCGCCCCCGGGUGACGAGGAUCCUUACAACUUAGAUAAUGUUCCUCCAAAUCUUAACUACGUGGUGAGAAUGAGAGCCGGGAUUCUAUAUGUCUACGACAACAUGGAGAUGGCUGAAGCCAAUGAGCCGAGGAGUUUACCAUAUCCCGACCUUCAGACCUACACCAUUGACCUCAGUCACAUCUUGGCUCUCAUCGCUGAUGGCCCAACAAAAACCUACUGUCACCGCCGCCUCAACUUCCUGGGGUCCAAGUUUAACCUCCACGAGAUGCUGAACGAGAUGGCGGAGCUGAAGGAGUUAAAGAGCGUCCCCCACCGCGACUUCUAUAACGUCAGGAAGGUGGACACCCAUAUCCACGCCGCCGCCUGUAUGAACCAGAAGCAUCUUCUCCGCUUCAUUAAACACACGUAUCGCACAGAACCGGACCGGGUGGUGGCGGAGAAGAACGGGAAGAAGGUGACCCUGAAGGAAUUAUUCGACAGUCUCAAGAUGGAUCCGUAUGACCUGACUGUAGACUCUCUGGAUGUCCAUGCGGGGCGACAAACCUUCCACCGCUUCGAUAAGUUCAACGCCAAAUAUAACCCCGUGGGGGCGAGCGAGCUGAGAGACCUCUACCUGAAGACGGAGAAUUACAUCGACGGGGAGUACUUCGCCCGUAUUGUCAAGGAAGUGUCUCAGGAGCUGGAGGAGAGCAAGUACCAGUACACGGAACCCCGACUGUCCAUCUACGGCCGCUCCCCCGAUGAGUGGGACAUCCUGGCCAAGUGGUUCAUCAAGCACAAGGUCUACUCCCCCAACAUGCGCUGGAUCAUCCAGGUCCCUCGGAUUUUCGACAUUUUUAGAUCCAAGAAGAUCCUCCCGGAUUUUGGCAAAAUGUUAGAAAAUAUUUUCUUGCCGCUGUUUGAGGCCACGAUUAACCCUUCGGAUCACAAGGAGCUCUACCUCUUCCUUAACUAUGUCACCGGCUUCGACAGCGUUGACGAUGAGUCCAAACACAACGAUCACAUGUUCUCCAACAAGAGCCCCACCCCCGACCAGUGGACGCACGAGAUGAACCCCCCGUAUAGUUAUUACCUGUAUUAUAUGUACGCCAACAUCAUGCUGCUCAACAACCUGCGCAAGGAGAGGGGGAUGAGCACCUUCCUGUUCCGGCCGCACUGCGGAGAGGCCGGAUCCAUCACUCACCUGGUGUCGGCCUUUAUAACCGCGGAUAACAUCUCUCAUGGAUUAAAUCUCAAAAAGACCCCCGUCCUGCAGUACCUCUACUAUCUGGCGCAGAUCCCCAUCGCAAUGUCCCCGCUCAGUAAUAACAGUCUGUUCCUGGAAUACUCCAAGAAUCCGCUGCGGGAAUUCCUGCACAAAGGACUAGUGGUCUCCCUGUCCACCGACGACCCCAUGCAAUUCCACUACACCAAGGAAGCCCUGAUGGAGGAAUACGCCAUCGCCGCGCAGGUCUGGAAGUUGAGCACAUGUGACCUGUGUGAGUUAGCCAGGAACAGCGUUCUGCAGAGCGGCCUCUCCGACAAGGAAAAGAAGCAUUUUCUAGGCGUCAAUUACAUGAAGGACGGUCCGGGGAACGACAUCACCAGGACCAAUGUUGCGCAAAUUCGCAUGGCGUACCGAUACGAGACGUUGUGCAACGAGUUGAGCUUCCUGGCGGACGCUAUGAGUUCUGCCUCCGGGUCCUUGGCGGAGGAAUAUUAAGGGGACCCCCGAGGUGAAAUGGGGGGGGAUGGGUGCGGGGGAUCUGUACGAACAAUGACGAGGUUCUCCUCCAGCUUCGCUUUUACGUAACCGCUCAAAUCCGACGAGAAAGUCAGAAAGGUAUUCGUUUCCACGCCGCCGGGAGGUUUGGUCAUGUGACCUUCUUGUAUAGAGAUGGACGCGGACAUGUGAUGUUUCUCCGUGUAACCGGUCACAUCCAGCGAGGCCGCGGAAACAUAUUCGCUUUCUUAUCGCUGGUCACGUGACCUCCUCGAACGGACGCAACCGCAGGACCCCUCCGUCCGUUAUCUGCCACUCAGGACCAUUUGUUCUGCCAACGCUUGCUGAUACAUAAUGCUUUGUCGGUGCUCUCCAGCUGUUGGGAAACUACAACUCCCAGCAUGCCCGGACAGCCAAUGGCUGUCCGGGCAUGCUGGGAGUUGUAGUUUCCCAACAGCUGGAGAGCCGUGGGUUCAAACACCACCUCGUUUAGUAAUAUUGCGGUGAAAUUUAGAAAUGUGAAUAAGGGAUAUUCUCUGUUGUCAGUCGUUUCAGGCUGUUUAGGGUUAACAGUCCUUUAAAUAUUAUUAUUAUUUUUUUAAAUGUAUCAUUUUUAUUGCUGAUACAGUUUGGGAUUGUUACAAUGUAUCAGUGUAGGGGGAAGGGUGAUCAGAACUGUAAAGAGGAUUGAGAUGCGGGGUUGUCUGCACUGAUGCACUGUAACGAAACCUCAGCUGUGUGAAAGGAUUUAAAGGGGUACUGCGGUGAAAAAUUUUUUUUUUUUU